AUGCCUUCGAUACCGAAAUGCUUCACCUUGCAAAGAGGCGAUUACGAUGCGAGGAUCAGGAAGGGCAAUGAAGUCAUCGUCGCAGACGCUCUCAACGACAUUUACCGUACGAAAAUCCACCCCUUGGAAAAACACUACAACUAUGAGGACUUUGCGUCGACACCGCUCGAGCCCGCGUACUUCGAAUCGAAGCCGUUAGUGUUACUCUUCGGCGAAUAUUCCACGGGGAAGACAUCCUUCAUCAGAUACAUUCUGGGGAAAGAAUACCCCGGAAUGCGAAUCGGCCCCGAACCAACGACCGACAAUUUCAUCGUGGUAGAGUACGGCGAAGAAGAAGGAAUUAUCCCUGGAAAUGCAGCGGUGGUCGACAAAAGCAAACAAUUCGGGACCCUCGCAAGAUUCGGUGGUCAGUUUCUGAAUCGUUUUCAACUAGCAACUGCCAAAUGUGAGAUCCUAGAGAAAGUCACACUUGUCGACACCCCCGGUAUCCUGUCGGGCGAAAAGGAGCGAGGCUAUGACCUCACCGCCGUGCUCAGGUGGUUUGCCGAGCGGUGUGAUCGAAUCAUCUUAUUGUUCGACAUAAACAAGUUGGACAUUUCGGAUGAGCUCAGAGGAGCGAUCGACAUGGUCAAAGGUUUCGAAGAUAAGAUCCGAAUAGUUCUGAAUAAAUCGGAUACCGUCAACACUCAACAACUCAUGCGAGUUUACGGAGCCCUUAUGUGGUCUCUAGGGAAGGUCAUGGCGACGCCCGAGGCUGCCCGCGUUUACAUCGGAUCGUUUUGGGAGAAUCCUUGGCGUCAUGAGGAGAACAGGCAUCUUUUCGAAGAUGAGGAAGCAGACCUAAUUAUCGAUAUUUACACAUUGUCCAGGGAUGGCGAUCUGAGAAAAUUAAACGACCUCGUCCGUCGGGCUAAAAACGUGCGCAUCCAUGCCUACAUCAUGGCUGAGCUACGUAAACGUAUGCCGACCUUCGGUCUAGGCGCUGUCCGCAAGAAAAAGAUUCUGAUCCGGGACCUCGCUUUGAUUUGCGAUAAGCUGUCCAAAGAGCAUCAGAUCCCUCUUGGGGACUUCCCGAAUCUCAAAGAUCUCCGGCGGUAUUUGAAUCAAUACGACUUCUCGAGAAUCAAGCCAAAGAAGCAGAAGUAUUUCGAUCGUCUUGAUGAGGUGCUCAACCAGGACAUCGGUCGACUCAUGCCUCUGCUACCCGCACAAGACAAAGAAGAGAGCGCUGCCGCGCGAGAGCUGGAGCGACAAGCCAUCCUCAACAAGGUUUGGACCGAACGAAUGUUGGUCCGGAGACCCGUACGAACCCGGGGCGUCUCCACCCACACGGUGUCAAGCGAGAAGCUUUCGGACACAUCGGGCGUUGAGUCUAUCACCGAUCACCAUCGCUACCAGAAAAUAUCCAGUCGCACCACGAGUAUGCGGACGCCGAUCGUUGUGACUAAAGAGGAUCCGAGCUUCGGCGCCAUUUCCAGUAGCGGGGUUUCCAGCAUCAAGAAACAGACAGCACCCAACCCGCAUCUUGAGACGAGCACAAUAGUUACUCGAACUGAGUCGAUCACGUCGCCGUCCGGCACGAAAACCAUCAAAACCGAGACAACGUUGGCUACUCCGGAGAAGACGGAAGUCAAGACAUCCGAAGCUACCGUGGUCGACGGGAAAACAGUUGAAGUCAAAGAAAACAUUCACAUCGGGCCGGCUGAUCCGCAUCUCGCCAGCUACCGCGAACAUCAAGAACCCAAAGUGGAGGCCCUUUAUGCAACAAUUGAGAAGAAAAAGAGGCAGGACGAUUCUCAACCUCCACUCGUUGAAGAGAAACGUUUCCCUCCGGAUCCUGCCACCGUCGCUGCUACUACUCCUGUGAGCGACACCGCUGCCGCCACGGCGGACGGUGUCACGCUCUCAGACCCCGUUGACGAGCUGAAAGAUGAUCCGCUUUGUCUGGAAGGUCUUCAGAAAGUUUCUGAAACGACGACAGAAAAGACGGAAGUCACCGUUGAGGAGAAAACCACUCUGAUUUCAACGACUGCGACAAUCGCAAACGGAGGCGAGUUUCAGAGGAACGGAACCGCCGAGACAACCAGUGCCAACUCCCCAGAUGAUGCCGCUCACGACAAUAAGCUCCCGAUGAACAUCCAGGAAACCGCGACAGAAAACGACGAGUCGAAAAUCCUGAAUGUUUCAUCUUCGUCGGACCCCGAAGUCAAUCGUGAUGAGAAGCGUCGACAGUUUCUUUUCGGCAUGACUGGAAAAUCCGAGCCCUCCAUCAUUAUCAAAGAGAUGAAGGAGAGCUAUGAUCAGAGCUCUAUCAAGGAUUACGAUAGCAUCAUUAACGACGAUCACUGA